AUGCUUAUAAAAGAAACCUUUUUCGAUAAGAGAUUCCUUCUUGUCCUAGAUGAUGUCUGGACAGAGGAAGAUUCAAAGUGGAAACCUUUCAAAGAUUCUCUUAAGGAUGGGGCUCCUGAAAGUGUAAUCUUGGUAACAACCAGGAGUCAAAGAGUGGCCAGAGUAUUGGGAACGACGCAUACUCAUGCCCUAGGCCUAAUGUCUAACUUUGAUUGUUGGCUAAUAAUGCAAAGGAUAGAAUUUGCUGGAAGAUCAGAGGAGUGGUGUAAGAAAGUGGAAAGCAUUGGACAAAAAAUUGCAAAAAAAUGCAAGGGCUUGCCACUUGCUGCAAAGACAAUGGGAAGCCUAUUACAGUUUAAAGAUAUGGUACAACAAUGGCAGAAAGUUUUGGAUAGUGAGAUAUGGCAAUUGGAGGAAGCAGCUGUGGACCUUUUCCCUCAUUUGUUUUUAAGCUAUAAUGAGUUGUCCCCAGAGUUGAAACGUUGCUUCUCCUAUUGUGAUGUCUUUCCCAAAGAUCAUGAUAUAAAUGUAGAAGAACUUAUUAGACUGUGGAUAGCACAAGGUUAUGUUUGCCCAAACCGAGGAGGUGAGCACUUGGAGCUAAUAGGUCUUGAUUACUUCAAUAAUUUGGCAAUGCGUUGCUUUUUUCAAGAAUUACAAAAAGUUGACGAAUACCUUUCGGUUCAUGAACAUAUGAAGUGCAAGAUGCAUGACAUAGUGCAUGAUUUUGCACAAUUUCUCACAAAGAAUGAAUGUCAUGUACUUGAUGGAAUUGAUUGUGAACAAGGCACAAGAAGAAAUUCAUCUAUUGAAAGAAAUCGUCAUCUAACAUGGCUAGACACGGGGGAGGCGUUAAGUUCUCUAGUCCUUGAUUUUGGAAGGCUCAGGAGCUUUUUCACUUUUUCACAUGGAAGAGUAGUUCCCCUGGAUCUAUUUUGCAGUUUGAAUUGUGUGAGGACUCUAACUUUACGUAAUUGUCAGCUACGUGAAGUCCCAAUUGAGAUUGGUAGUUUGAUUCACCUUCGGCACUUGGACUUGAGUCAUAAUCCUUUCGAAGCAAUGCCAGAAACUACAUGUGAUCUAUAUUAUCUGGAAACUUUUGAUAUCAGUCAUUGUGGAAAGCUUUUGUGCCUCCCUCAAAGGAUUGAAGGCCUUGUACACUUGAGGCACCUUUUCAAUCACGGCGCCUCUGGAUUACUUCAAAUGCCUCAAGGACUUGGGAAGCUGACUUCACUUUGUAGUUUGACUAAUUUCAUUGCCAAGAGCAAGUCUGAUGAUUUGGCAAGUCUGAAAUACCUAAACCAGCUUGAAAGAUUGGAUAUCAAUAUUCGUGGAGAUGGAGAUUUUGGAAGUGUGGAGCUUGGAAAGAAAAUCUACAUGUAUGAAAUGUUAUUGCGGUUUAGCUAUGAGACCCACUUUAUAGAAACUUCAAGUUGGAUUGAAACCAUGGAACCACCUCCAAACUUGCAAUGGCUUGCGCUAGUUUAA